AUGGCCACUACAUCCCAACCUAUCGCUUUCCAGUCUCCUAAUCACCCUGAUUUCAACAUGGCAUCUGGUUCAUUCACUGGUAACAACAGUGCCAGGUCUUACUUUCUAGGUUCACCAAUAUCCUGGCGUGCUGGCUCGUUUGGAAGCCGUUUCUAUCCCGGUUGUUCCCCUGGUCAACUUCUGGGUCCAUUGGAUCCUAACGAAUUCAAAUGUACCAAGUUGUCGUCUUCUAUGGAUAGCGACCGUGGUUCAAUUCUGAACGCUCUCGGUGCCCUCGACAGGGAGGACGAAUUGUGUCGUAACUACACAUGCUGUGGUCUACAGUUAGAUGAUCUACAUGCUCUGCUACAGCAUUUCGAGGAGGUCCACGUUGUCGUGCUUGACCCGUUUGGUCACCCUCAGUUCCCAGUCGUCCCCCCUCUACCCCAGUCUAAUCGCCACGCCACUCCGUCCUACGUCUCGGACCUUCAUCAGCACCUUCAAUCUUACAACCAAGGUGGUUUCGACCCUGAUGACAUGGAACUCGAUGUUGAUCAGGGCAGUUCAAACGCGCCAACGCCCCCUGAUACUCCCCUCAGCACCCCGCUAUCGUCGUAUCCUACUCAUUCGUUUAACCACUUCGGACAGUCGAAACCUGCCUCCCCGCAUCUUCCCGUGUCGGCAUUUGAUACGACAACCGUGCUCCCUUCCCGCUCCGUUCACGGCUCAGCAUUCCCACCGCCUCGAAAUGGUCUUCCAAAUGUGGCAAAUGCCCCCGAUGCAUUCAAUGGUUACGCUGGGUACUCCGACUACUCAUCAUCAAUGCCUGGCACUGUUCCUUCCCCAACCGGCAGCGAUGAUGUUCACGCACCUGUCACACCUGUCAGUGAACCGGGUAGUCCCUACGGCUGUCUUCCUCCAGCUGUCGUAUUCUCUACCAGUAAUACCCCUGUCACCACCCCUACAGCCUCUCGCAUGCCAUCUCCAGCGAGCGCCUCAUGCCACUCCGUGCCCCCUGCGGCCGCCCCCCUUUCCUCGGCCUCCUCGGAUUCCCCUGCUUCUUCCAAAGGUUUUACGUCACAGCAAGCCAAUCAGCGUGCCAGUACUACGCUCUCUCGCCCUGCGUCAUCAUUACUGUUAUCGAAGCCCUUCCGCUGCCCGAAGCCAAAUUGCAAUAAGAGCUACAAGCAAGCUAAUGGGCUCAAAUAUCACAUGACUCACGGCAGCUGCAACUUUGCACCACCCAAAGACCUCGAGCAAGUACAAGCACUACUGGCUAGUAAGCGGUCUGCCCGCGAGGCUGCUGGAGAUGAUCAGGGGAUUACAGAGGGUGACAUGCGCGAAGUCGAACGUGAGGCAGAGCGCAGACUCCGGCCCUUUGCUUGUGGUGUCAGUGAUUGCCAGCGCCGAUACAAGAACAUGAAUGGUUUGCGGUAUCACUACCAGCAUUCGGGCGACCAUGGUACAAUUGGCUUGGCUCUCCUUGCCAGUGGACAGCAUGAAUGUCUACAACAUGCCCAUGGACGAAGUAGUAAUGCAAGCUCACGACAUUCAACACCGGUGACGAGCGGAACCUCGACACCAGUAAGCGGACACAUGACAUCGACGUAUGCCCAGCAAUAUCAGCAACAGAUGUUUUACUCGUCCGCACAGCAGCAGUACUUGCGCCAGCAGCAGGCUCUACAAGCACAAAUGCAGAUCAACUAUCCUGCUGUCUCGGCUGAAGCUGUCCCUAUCAUGGUCGCGCAACAAUGA